GGUACAGAAGGUAGCUACGUGUUGAGUUGCAAUAUUAAGUAAUUUCUCAGUUAUAAUAAAUAAAUACCUUUUUCAACGAUACUGCGUAUUUCAGUUUAAUUAAAUAACCCGACAGGUUAUGGGCCCAGUAUCAUUUUGGUAAAGGAAAAAGAAUUUGAUUAGCAUAACGCGGCUAAAAUWAAAUUUGAGGUUAGCUUACCACGUGCAGUAGAAAUAACAAGUAAAAAGUAAAAAUAAGUGCGUGGAAAGACGAGUGCCGAGAAAAGUGAAAAUGGCAACAUUAAAUCUUAAUCAAGUACAAAAGAUUGGUGAGAAAAAUUACGAAUCCUGGAUAAUUCAAUUGAAAAGCUUAUUAUUAUAUAAUGAACUAUGGCAUUACGUGAGUGAAAAUGAACCGAAAACCAGGGAGAAUGCAACUGAAUAGACAAAAAAGGAUGAAAAAGCGCUAGCCGUAAUAUUACUAAGUGUUGAAGAAACCCAACUUAAUCAUAUAAAGAAAGCUGCGACAUCUAAUGAGGCAUUGGAAAAUUUAAAGAAAGUUCAUGAAUCCAGAGGUCCCGUGCGAAGAGCUGCUUUGUAUAAACAAUUAUACAGAAUGAAAAAAGGCACUGAUCAAACUAUGUCGCAGUAUGUAAAUGAAUUCUGUCGAUACAAAAAUGCAAACAAAAGUCAGAAACAAAAUGAUGCCUUGGCGGCAACUGUGCUUAAGAAUGAUUCUAGAAAACCAAACGUUUGGUAUCUAGAUAGUGGUGCAACUACACAUGUAAGCAACGAGAAAGAUAAAUUUGUGAACCUGGAUGAGCACCGCACGAAGAUUUAUACAGCYACCGAAGAAAGCGUGAACUCUACUGGAAGAGGAACGAUUGAAAUAAAAGUAAAUAUAAGGAAAGAAGAAAAUCCAGUAAAAUUAAAGGAUGUAAUGAUAGCCACGAGUUUCAAAAGCAAUCUCCUAUCAGUAUCUCAAAUUACCAAGAAUGGGUAUACDGUGACGUUCUACAAUGACGGUGCAAAAAUAAGACGUAAAGAUUGAUCUGUGGCAAUGACUGCGAAGGAAGAAAAUDGCUUGUACGUAGUCGAAGAAGCUGAUAAACACAGCGCUAUAAUACAAAAAGAAAAUUGCAGUGGAUUAAUUAAAUGGCACCAGAGACUCGGGCAUCUAAACUUCAAUGAUAUGCGUAAGAUGAAAAAUAAACAAUUAGUGAUAGGUAUGAAUGAUAACUUGGAUAGCUCAAAUCCAGUGGGCGAGGUUUGCCAAAAGGGUAAAAUUCAUCAACUGCCUUUCAAGACAUCAACCCGAAGAGAGAAAAAUGUACUAGGGUUAGUGCAUAGUGAUAUUUGUGGCCCAUUCAGCGCAAAAUUUUUAG